AUGGCGUACAGAAUGGUGCGUGCCAGUCGCGUUAGGUCGGCACUCUCUCGCGACCUGGACAGUGAGGACCUGCAGGAGGCUCCGCUCGAGCUGGAAUGGGAGUUGGAGAAGGAGCUGGAGGACCCGGACGGCUUCCGCCUGGAGAGCGUGGAGACGCACCCCGCAUGCGGCAGCGGCUCCGACCCGGACCCGGAGCCCAUCCAGCCCUCCGUGUCUGCUCGCGGGCGCUUCGAGCGCCUACAGGAUGACCGCGCCUGUGCCGCCUCCUUCAGCGGGGCCCCCCUCCGGAGCCAGAGGUGCAGAGGUGCCUGCGUAGUCAAGUAUCUCCUGGCCGGGGCUGGGGUCUUCCUCCUGGGUCUGGUCGUCGGCUUGUACGCCUGCAGCCCCUGGGGGCAGCCCCAGAAACCCAGCACAAGCAAGGACCUCCUGGAACGGGUCGCGCGGGGCAUCACGGCAGAGAAGGUCCGGACGCUUCUCAGGGACUUUAAUUCCUUGGCCGAUCUCGGCGAGGAAUCCCGGGUGUCACGGAUUGCCCAGUACUGGGAGGAGCUCGGACUGAAGGACAUCCAGCUGUCCAGUUACGAGGUCCUCGUCAGUCAUGCUGGCCCCACCCCUAACACCAUCGUGGACAUGAGCAGUAAGAAGUGUUAUCUGCCCAACGGGGCCAGGUGUGACAGCAGGAUCCAAAGUUCCCCAGCGGAGCCCUUCUUCGCGGCCUACUCUGCCGUGGGGACUCUGGAGGCAGAAGUGGUGGACAUCCAGUAUGGAAGUACGGAAGAUUUGAGAAGAGUUAGAACUGAGACGAAUGUGACCCAGAAAAUAGCACUACUAAAAGUUGGACAAGCACCUUUACUCUACACGCUUUCCCGCCUGGCCGAGCUGGGCUUCGGAGCAUCCUUGUUCUACGUGGAUCCCUGUGAUGUUCCCCUGGAUCAGGCCACAGAGCACCAAGCAUUUGGGGUGACCCUAAACCCCGGAGGUGACCCCUCUACCCCGGACCUCCCCAGCAGCCCUGGAAGUUUCAGGGAGGAUCGACACAAUCUGACAUCAUUGCUGGUGCAGCCAAUCUCUGCUAGCCUGGCCAGGGAGCUGCUGGUCGCCCCUGCCAUAAGCCGUGGGCAGCCCUGUGCCGCUCUGGCAAUGCCAACUGCCUCAGGAGGGAAGAGAAUUAAACUAAGCAUCACGUCCGAAACGUCAUACCAAAGAGUGCACGAUGUCAUCGGCUAUCUGAAAGGGAAGACCGAGCCAGAUCGAUACGUCCUGGUUGGCGGUCGCCAUGGCAGCUGGUACGAGGGUGCUCUGGCAGACUGGAGAAGCAGCGCAGCAGUCGUGACUCAGAUCAUCGCCUCGGUGACAGCUCAGACCCACGCUGGCUGGCAACCGGACCGUACCAUCGUCUUCUGCUCCUGGGGGGGGGUGGCACUAGGCAACAUCGGCUCCUACGAAUGGGGGGAGGAGAACCGGGUGGUUCUGGCCAGCAGGGCAGUGGCCUACGUCAGCGUCCGCAGCCCAGUGAGCACACGAGGGUCCGAGACCACGGCCUCGCCCUCCCUGUUCCAGCUGGCCUCGGACAUCCUCAAGAGGCAGGUGAGGAGCUGCACUGGGGUAGGAGGCUGUCCAGGGCUCAACGUGAGCUCCCUGCAGUCUCCUGUGGCUGUAGACUUCUUCAGCAGUCAGCUGUCUGUUCCAGUGGUGGAGUUUACAUCUUCAGCCAGUCCAUCAGAGAGAUCCCGUUUCCUGUCGGAGGCGUUCUUCCCGUUUGAGUCAUCGCUGGUGGAGACUCUGGAUCCUGCCUUCAGACUGCACGAGGCAGUGGCGAAGAUGACAGCAGAGGCCAUCCUACGACUCAGUACUGACCCCGUGCUUCCGUUCUCUCCCCUGGACAUAGCACUGGACGUUCAGAAGAAGCUCAAAGACGACCCCUUAAGCACGCGUGAUCUCAUCUCCGCCGCCGCGUCUCUGAGGGAGAGGUCCGCCAUGUUCCAGUCUGAGCUCAUGCGCCCCGCCAACGACCCCGGGGAGCGCGACCCUGCGCACGUGCGCAUGCUAAACGACGUGCUGAGGGACCUGGAAAAGAGCUUCCUCGUCUCUAGCCCGCCCCCCGGCUUCUCGCGGAACAUCCUGUACGGCGUGAGCAGACAGACGCCCGGCUUUGCCGUCUUGAAGGCUGCGCUGGAAGAUCUCCGACCUGUCGGUGCAAACAGCUCUGUGUCCCAAGUGUGCGCAUCCAUCCGCUCUGCUGGACAACUCAUACAAAGUGGAAUGAAGCUAUUCGAGAAUGACCCUGAGACCCUUCAAUGAAACAACUGCACUAAGACUAAGAUAACUGAAGCACUGUAUCUCCCUCUGCAAAUGUUUCAAGCAUGAAUACAGCACUGCUUUUGUGUUUUGUUUGGUUUUGUUUUACUGUAUUUAUUUGGAGUAUGUUGUACUGUGAUGGAGCAUCUUCAGCGUGGACUCCAGUGAGAGUACAUACUAUAUGACUAUAUAUGGAUUGGUUCUGUUUCUUUAGAUUCCUUGCGAUGUGAAAGCUGCGGUGUGAAUCGGCUUUUGUAGGUCCUUAAUCCAUAUCACAGCCGUAAGAUUAAUGGCAGAGACAACAGAAGGUCAAAUGGAAGAGCCUGCAGCGAAGAGAGAUGCCGCCUGGAAGCCGAGUAGAAAAGACUUACAGAGGCUCUGGUGCCAAGUGUGAGGAUGACGUACAGGAUGACAUAGACGGGGAUGACGUACAGGAUGACAUAGACGGGGAUGACGUACAGGAUGACAUGGACGGGGAUGACGUACAGGAUGACAUAGUCGGGGAUGACGUACAGGAUGACAUAGUCGGGGAUGACGUACAGGAUGACAUAGACGGGGAUGACGUACAGGAUGUCAUAGACGGGGAUGACGUACAGGAUGACAGACGGGGAUGACGUACAGGAUGACAUAGACGGGGAUGACGUACAGGAUGACAUAGACGGGGAUGACGUACAGGAUGACAUAGAUGGGGAUUACGUCCAGGAUUACAUAGACUGAGAUGACAUACAGGAUGACACAGACAGGGAUUACAUACAGGAUGACAGACGGGGAUUACGUACAGUACGACAUAGACUGCGAUGGAUGGCAUAGAUGGGGAAUACGUACAGGAUGACAGACGGGGAUUACGUCCAGGAUUACAUAAACCGAGAUGAUAUACAGGAUGACAUAGACGGGUAUUACGUUCAGGAUGGCAUAGACGGGGAUUACAUCCAGGAUUACAUAGACUAAAAUGACAUCCAGGAUGACACAGACCAAGAUGACAUACAGGAUGGCAUAAACGGUGAUUACGCACAGGAUGACAUAGAUGGGGAUUACGUCCAGGAUUACAUAGACCAAGAUGAUAUACAGGAUGACAUAGACGGGGAUUACGUUCAGGAUGGCAUAGACGGGAAUUACAUCCAGGAUUACAUAGACUAAAAUGACAUCCAGGAUGACACAGACCGAGAUGACAUACAGGAUGGCAUAAACGGUGAUUACGCACAGGAUGACAUAGACGGGGAUUACGUCCAGGAUUACAUAGACCAAGAUGAUAUACAAGAUGGCAUAGACGGGGGUUACGUCCAGGAUUACAUAGAUGGGGAUGACGUACAGGAUGACAUAGACAGGGUUUCGUUUUCAGUCACAUGCAUUGCAGGCUUGUGUUUUUCCCCUGUAUAAUUUAAAAUGUCCUGUGUGUUUUAGGAGAUACUUUGAGAUUUUCCACUUAGGAGAUGCUGAGAACUGCAGCAAGUACCCUGAUAUAACACAUAACACAUAACAUACAAACAGAACAAGACGACACACACCAGACACUCUCCAGAGCGCUCUGGUUCAGCAUCCAUAUUCUUCCUGUGUCUCACAAUGAGUCAUGGUGGAGCACGUCUUCAAAUCACAGGCAAGCUUGAUUACUAUAUGUGAAUUGAAGGAACACGGUACAGUUCUGCCUGACAUGAAAGACACCGCCGGGAGUGUGAGCUGUACUAGUGUCUCAAGGGGGUUGAAUUUCACACAGGCUUGUGGAAUGAACAGAAACUAAGUCUUCAAUUCAUUGAUGGAUUGAAUUACAAGUUUGUGUUGAUCUCAUAAAAAUAGCACAAUUUUACUUUUUAUGCUCUGUAAUCCUACAGAAGCGCACAGAGCGAGGUUGUUGACAUUACCCCAUUUGUAAUGUAUAUGUGCUGGCAUUGGCCUUCUACAGUCUACAAGCUGGUGUUUUUCUAGCAGUAUUUGCACUACCACGAUGUUUGUGGCGCUUCUGAAGGCCUCUGGAUUUGAGGCCUGCAGCUUUUUGUCCGUCACUCAGUCUUCAUACUUGACUCGCCUUUUAAUUAUGAUAAACAGGCCAAUUAGAAGCAGUCAAUUCAGGGAAUCUAGAUUCACUCAAGCUUUAAAUUAUUUAUGUGCCUUUAAAUAAGUCAUGCGUGCUUUUAGGGCCAGAAAUUCCAAACAAUGUCAAUGUUGUACAAUAUAUUUAAUUUUAUGUUAUGCAAAUUUUAGCUGUUGUGAUGCAAAGACCAAAAAAUGUGGACAUGGAUUUUAUUGCUGUCUUGUAUUCAUUUGAAUCUAAGUUAAUUAGCACUAGUUGAAAAGACGGAGCAAGUCAAAGAAAACGUCAUGGGCAAAAACCAUGCAGACAAAAGAGGAAAGGUGUCCAACUGAAAUGUUUAAUGAAAGUAAAGAAAACGAAACGGAACAUAAAAGUGCACUGAGUACAACAAAAGAAGCCGACGUAACGUACAACAACCGACGAUCGGUACUGCAAACAGAACAGGCUUACAUAAGACACAAUUCCAUAACGUCCCCCAGGUGGUAUGGUGAACGAGGGAACACGCACCAACUGUGGGAAGCAAAACAGAAAUAAACAAAGACGCGCAAUACAAGAAAAACAAAAACCAAAGCCAUGCGCAGGACCCCCCGUGGUCGACGUAGGCUACGGCAGGGGGGCCACCUCACAGGAACCUUUCACAUUUCAGGCAAUAGUUUUUCUUUCUUUAAAAAGGUGGUGCAGUCUGAAUAGUUUCCAAUAUAAAUAGGAUGUCAGUUAAGAUCCCUCUAAAUGACAUCUAAUGACAUCUCUCUAUAUUAGCUGUAUUAAGAGCUCUAAAACAAAGAACAACAAAAUUACUGGUAAAUAAGUAAAUUGUGCAGUCGAUAUUCACUUCUGUUAUCCACUGUAAUCCAACGACGGUUGCACAGCAGGGACGGUCAGUUUUGACAGUGUCUGAUAAACUUUAAAACUACAAUACGUAACAAACUAUUCCGAACCGUCAACUUGCACUUAAUUUACUGAACUGUUAGCUUGUGUCGCCUUUGGGUGUUUCAUGUAAAUACAAAUGCCAAUAAUUCAGUCUACAUGCUGUAAACAAGCCUGCUCACGGUUAUUGGAGCUGGAUGGUUUAGUUUCACUGUUUCUUUAAUUAUUUAUGUACAUUAUACACUUUUAUUUCAGAAUCCCAAUAAAUAAAGCUAUUUUUAUGCUGAAA